AUGGAUGAGUGUAGUCAUCCCAUAAGAAUAGGAACAUUAUGUGGGGUAUGUGGGAUGGAAAUCCAAGAGGAGCCGCGUCUUUUCUGUGCACUGUACAACACAGACAAUGUCAAGAUAACUCACAAGGAAGCAGUGUCGAUAUACAAGGAGAAGGUCAAGGCUCUAGAGAUGCAGAUGAAGCUGAUUCUGGUUCUAGACCUUGACCAGACCGUUCUUCACACAACAUACGGCACAUCUGACUGCAAAGGGAUUGUGAAGUUCACAAUGGACGGAUGCAAGUACUCUGUAAAGCUAAGGCCCCACCUCAAUCGCAUGCUUCGAAGGGUUUCCAAGCUGUAUGAGAUUCAUGUGUACACCAUGGGAACAAGGCCAUAUGCAGAAAGGAUAAUUGGAAUUAUUGAUCCGGCCGGAAAGUACUUCCACGAUAGAAUAAUCACAAGGGAUGAAAACCAGGGGGUUCUAGUGAAGAGGCUAAGUAGGCUAUUUCCAUAUAACCAUAAGAACAUUGUUAUUCUUGAUGACAGAGCUGAUGUGUGGGAUUACAAUGAGAACCUGGUCCUAGUCAAGCCAUUCUGGUACUUCAAUCGCGUGGACAUCAACGACCCGUCGAAGCUAGAAAGAAGAGCGGAGGGUGUGUCUGACGGGCAUGGCGAUCUUGGAGAGUUUGUGGGUAAGAGAAAGAAGGUUGAAGAGGGAGAGGACGCCAGGAUCAUUUCGAGACCGGAUGGCACGGGGUUAGGAGGCUCUUCUGGAAAGCCAGAAACUGAGGUAGAUUCUGAUAGGAUGGGAGAAAAGAAAGUAAGGGAGGAGCCUUCGGACGACUGUGAGCUGUUGAGAAUGGUAAAGUUCCUGAAGAAGGUUCACAAGAAGUACUUUUCAAGCAAGCACAGGAAUGUGAAGAAGAUUCUAAGGAGGAUCAGAAAGAGGAUAUUUGAUGGAGACCGGUUUUUCAUCGUAGGGCCUACCAAUAGAGCCUGGCUUGUGAAGGUGAUAGAGAUGCACGGAGGCAUGGUGAGCAGGCUUGAGAGUGAAGUUGACUUUGUAAUUUCCUCCGGUCUGGAUGAGGUAAGGGAAUUGGCACAAAAGCUUGAGUGUCUUGUGGUGUCACCAAAGUGGAUAGAAGACUGUGUGUAUUCUCUUGAAAGGGUAGGCUAUGGAAGAUACGUCAUAUGCGACUACAGAGUCAAGGACGAGUAUGAGGAGGAGCUUGAAAAGCUUUUUGGAUAG